AGAUGCCCGGGCGGCCUGCGGAGGUCCAUGUGGCGCGCUAGGUGGGAUCCCGGCGUCCUGAAGGCAGAGGCCCUGGCCCUCCUGCCCUGCGGCCUGGGCAUGGCCUUCUCCCAGUCCCACGUGAUGGCCGCUCGGAGGCACCAGCACAGCCGGCUCAUCGUCGAGGUGGAUGAGUACAGCUCCAACCCCACCCAGGCCUUCACCUUCUACAACAUCAACCAGGGCCGCUUCCAGCCGCCGCACGUGCAGAUGGUGGACCCGGUGCCUCAUGACGCCCCCAAGCCGCCCGGAUACACCCGCUUUGUCUGCGUGUCUGACACCCACUCGAGGACGGACCCCAUCCAGAUGCCCUACGGCGACGUGCUGAUCCAUGCUGGGGACUUCACUGAGCUGGGGCUCCCGAGCGAGGUGAAGAAAUUCAACGAGUGGCUGGGCAGCCUGCCCUACGAGUACAAGAUCGUGAUCGCAGGCAACCACGAGCUGACCUUCGACCAGGAGUUCAUGGCCGACCUCAUCAAGCAGGACUUUUACUACUUCCCGUCCGUGUCGAAGCUGAAGCCGGAGAACUACGAGAACGUGCAGUCGCUGCUAACCAACUGCAUCUACCUGCAGGACUCGGAGGUCACCGUGCGGGGCUUCCGGAUCUACGGCUCCCCGUGGCAGCCCUGGUUUUACGGCUGGGGUUUUAACCUCCCGCGAGGCCAAGCACUGCUCGAGAAGUGGAACCUCAUUCCCGAAGGCGUAGACGUCCUGGUAACCCACGGACCGCCGCUGGGCUUCCUGGACUGGGUCCCCAAGAAGAUGCAGCGGGUGGGCUGCGUGGAGCUGCUCAACACGGUGCAAAGGCGUGUCCAGCCGCGGCUGCAUGUCUUCGGCCACAUCCAUGAAGGGUAUGGAGUCAUGGCGGAUGGGACAACCACCUAUGUGAACGCAUCUGUGUGCACUGUGAACUACCAGCCCGUGAACCCACCCAUAGUCAUCGACCUCCCCACACCCCGGAACUCCUGA